AUGCGUCCCGCCCGGCUGAAACAGAUACGCAAACUUGUGCAACGCCUUACCAAAAACGGCUUUAGACCUCCUUAUAACAUCUUAGCCGAUCACUACUUCCUUUCUAGUUUUAAUUCUACCCAAAUGUCGCCUAAAGUUCUUGAACAUAUUCUGAAUGGUCCCAUCAAACUCUAUACAACCCAUUGUGAGUACAAGAAGUACAAAGAGGCCGUUAAAGACCGAAAGCUUAUCGGAUGCGUUGAUGUUAAGAAGUGCACUCAUAAAGACUUUCGAACUCUUGAAUGUUUAGCCGAAACUAUUCAGCCUAAUAAUCCCAAUCAUUACUUUGUAGCUGUUUCGCCUAAAUACCGCCACUUAAAGGAAGACCAGAACCUUCCUCUUAUCUUCCUUAGAGCCGGCGUUCUUUGUGUUGAAAUAGGCCAAAAGGCCACUGAAGACCUUCGUCAAAAGGAGCUUGCUCCAGGCCUUUCAGAUCAGGAGAAGGCUAAGCUUGAAGCUCUUUUCCAAUAA